AAAUAAUCCGAGUGGCCCCCACGACCAGAAGAUUUAAAUACCCUUCCCCGUUCUAGCGCACGGCUUACGGAGGCCAAAACCCUUCCUUCCCCCUUCUCCGGCCCUUAACGAACUCCCUAUCAUUCAUCCAAUCAAUUCACCGCCAUCAACCGCCUCUUCAUCCCCGCCGCCGCCGCAGCCGUUUCUCUGCUACGACUAGAGGCAGGGGCGAAACAUGGAAGCCAACGGAAUCCAAUCCGAAGAGAAAGAAUCAUCUGAUCUGCAGUGCUGUCAAAGUAAUGCCGCGGCAAAGCGUAGGUCAAGUUUGCUCGCCCCUACGAUUAGUUCUUCUAGAAAAGUAAAAUCAGUGAAGAUAGGACAACCUCAUACUCCUCAGAAUAAGCCUACAUUGCCACCGAAAACUAAUGAACAACAAAAUAGCAAAAGCAGAGAGAAAACUGCAGAUUCAGCCAAUAGAGGGUCCAAGUCUACUCCUAAACAAAAUGGAAACACUUCUGCCCUUAAAGAGGAGGAUAAAGUCAAGGCCCAGACCUCUCAACCCACCAAAGAUUCUUUGUCUGAGGUCAGAAGAAGCAGAUCCCAACAGACUUCAGAUCUCCAGCAGGGAGAAAUAAAAGCCUCUCCUGUUCCUCCAGCCAAAGUGACCCCAAGAAGUAAGAAAAGCAAUACAGCUGCUGGAACUUCAACGCCUCAGCAGACUUCGUUGGAAAAGGGGAAAACACCCAUAUCUGGAAGUCAGUCUAGACCAUCCACAAGCAGUAAGAAGUCUUCCUCGCUGACAAAGGAGAUACUGAGUAACGAGCCCAUCUACCAUAUCGAAUGUGCUGGUUUAUCAAGAAAACUAAAAAAGGUUGGAGUGACAUGUGGUAUAUGUGAGGAAGAUCUCUCCUAUGUGCCAUCAGACUACGAAUCAGAAUAUUAUGGGUAUGAAGAAGAGUUGGGAACUUUGAAUUACCCCGAAGUCGCUGUUUUGCAUUGCGGCCAUUCUUUCCACAAUGAAUGUUUUGCUUACUCUAUACCCGAUGAACGGUCUUGUGAUCCUCCUUGUGUCUUAUGUGCAAGUUUCAUAACUUGAAUUUCUUCGCGCAUUAAGUUUUUUUUUCCCAGCAGAUUCCUAUACAUCCAUUUUUUAAAUUAUUACUCUGUGCCCUAAUUGUAAAGUGGU